UGUCAUGAAACUGGUCGGGCAGGUAGAUAUGACACUGGCAUUCCUCCAUUGAGACUACUAAAAGAGGGAGGAUAAGAGGGCAGUCCUAACUAUGUCUUGAAAAGCAGGUCAGAAAUAGAAAAGAGGGUCUUAUUUUUCCUUUGGGACUCUAGAGACAGGUUGAAAUCCCGCCCAUCCAAAUACAUAGACAUUUUGGAUCUAACCAUAGUUCUCACUCCUGUGCCUAAUGGCAGACAAUGACACGAAGGACCCUCCUCCACCAUACUACUCUGUGGCAGUGGACCCACAGACCCCUCCUAUGACCUACGAGGAGGUGAUUUAUGAGGACAAAUAUGGGGUCACACAGAAAACUGUGCCAUACUAUGUUCAGAAGGAUCCGGCUCAAGUACAGGUAGCAGCCGUCAUCGUCACACAGCGAGUUGUCCCUCCUCCAAAAAGUCCGGAGUCUUGUGGACGGAGUGCCAAGUGUUGGGGUGGAUGGGUAGGUGUGCUGUUGCUGUUGGCUCUCAUUGGACUGGCCAUCUGGCUUGGAGUGCAUUAUGGAUCCAGGUCAAAUUCCGGCCAUUACGAGAGCGAUUGCAAGGGAAAAGAUUGCGAGCAACAAGACAGCCACGAGAAGCAUGACGACAUGAAGGAGUCUGACACCUGCUCCAACUCCUCUGUGCAAUGUGACGGCAUCCAAAACUGCCAACAGGCCAGCGAUGAGACAAACUGCGUGAGAUUUGGUGAAGGUGGAGUGUUGCAGGUCAGAACUCAGGAUGGACCAUUUCUUCCCGUGUGUUAUCAGGGCAUGGAUAAGAGUUAUGCUGACCAGAUCUGUGAACAACUGGGCUUUAGAGGGUCUUAUGCAUCAAGUCCAGUGGAUAGCAAGAUGUCCGUAGCCCUUACUGUAGAACCUAGAUCAGACAAACUUAUACAGGGUCUGGUCAAUGUCAGCACUGGCUGUUUGAAUGAGAAAACAGUCUCACUUGAAUGCACAGACUGUGGCAAGCAGCAAAGUGCCUCCAGGAUCAUAGGGGGCACCGCCUCUCAGCUUGGCCAGUGGCCUUGGCAGGUUAGCCUGCAUUUCAAUAGAGGCCAUGUUUGUGGUGGAUCACUCAUCUCUCCGGACUUUGUUGUGUCAGCUGCCCAUUGCUUCCAAAGCUCAAUGGCGAAUUCUGGAAAUUGGCGUGUUUAUUUUGGAAAUAUUUCCCAGAAUACCUUUCAGAUCCCCUACUAUGUGAAGAAGAUCAUGGUAAAUGAGAAGUACAACAGUGUCAGCAAUGAUUUUGACGUCGCCUUACUGAAACUCGCCAGUCCUGUGACUUUCUCCAGUACCAUACAGCCAGUUUGCCUUCCUACAUUUGACCAGACCUUUUCUGAUGGAUUAGAGUGCCGGACAUCUGGCUUUGGGACAACACAACAGGGAGCAGACCAUGCCUCUACAAGCCUCAUGGAUGUGGCAGUGAAUGUCAUUGACACACGAGUGUGUAACAGCAGUCAGGUGUACCGUGGGGCCAUCACUAAGAAUAUGAUGUGUGCCGGCGAUAUGAAUGGAGGCCGGGACUCCUGUCAGGGGGAUAGUGGAGGUCCACUGGUGUGCAAGGGAAAUAAUGAACGCUGGUAUCUGGCUGGAAUUACAAGUUGGGGAGCAGGUUGUGGACAGAGACAAAAACCAGGAGUAUAUAGCAGAGUGACCAGCCUUCUGCCCUGGAUCUACAGCAAGAUGCAGCAAGAGAAGCCCUGAUGACUUUCUUCUGUAUGGUGUGUCCAUUCCUGAGAAUUUGAACAACGACAAUGGACACAGGACAAAAGAUGAAGGACAGAGUAAUGCACUUUGACAUGGGACAAUGUUGCAAUAUUGUAGCCACAAUUGGACAAAGAAAAACACUAUUGAUUCCACGUUCUCCUACAAGAAACUAAUAAUACAACUCAACCUGGGAAAGCAGAGCUGCAGGCGUUGAGGCCCAUGCAGUGCUUGUUGCUAUGCUUUCCUCAUUCUUUUCUUUGCAUUUACACUGUAAGUUCACAGCACACUGCUGAAUCUGAGCCUUUGUUGCCUCUUUAACUCUGUAUCCUUGCACUGAUUCUACAGAAAUAUUGGGAGUGUUCUGCAAAUAUAUAUUUAUUAACCAAAAGGGUGUUAAAAUGUGAUUAUAUUGUUUUAUCCUGUGUGAAGGGUCCGUCCUUUUUCUCUAUGAUUUAUAUUGUUUCUUUAUAAAUCAUGCCAAAAGCAUAUACAGUUAGAGCUUUAUUCUUCAAGCGUGACACAGUUAAAAGAGUGCUAUAAGGUCUAAGUAGAUCAACAUUUAUGGAUAGUUCACCCAAAAAUGAAAAUUCCAUCAUCAUUUGCACCCUCAUGUUGUUUCUUUCUUCUGUUGAACACGGCUGGCCAUUGACUUCCAUAGUAGGAAAAAUAAAAUAUAUGGAAGUCUACUGUCAACUGUUUGAUUACCAACAUUCUUCAAAAUUUCUUUUGUGUUCAACAGAAGAAAGAAAUUCAUACACGUUUGGAACAACUUGAGUAAAUGAUGACAGAAUUGUCAUUUUUGGGUGAACUAUCCCUUUAACAUUUGCCAACCAUUUUAGGAUAUGCUAAAUGACUUAUAGAGUAACAUCCAGUGGAGCAAACUACUCCACUUUUUUGUCAAAUUUAGCUGUUUUGAAUUGAAACUAUAACAUUUAAGUGAUUCAUAAUUCAAGACAAGUCUUGUCUCGAUUCAAAAUUCGAGACAAGAAACCUUACCGUGGUUUUCAGCACAUUAAGCAUAAGAUUACAACUGAAUGUGUGUACAUUAUGAAUGGAUUUAAUGAACCCUUGAAAUACCUUUUUCAAUACCUUUUUUGUAGCCAAGAUGUGUCUGACUUUCAAAAAUAAAUCCACGUUGAGAGGACAA